AUGCACUGCCCGGCAAAAGACUCACAACGCAUCAGGAAGUUGGAAUACAUCCUUACCCACAUCGGCAUUCGUGAGUGGAUAGGAAAGGAUGCCAAAAUCAGAGUUCAGUACGUGUCGGGCGUCCGUGAUUGGGGAUCUUGGCUUUCCAAAGCACCAGUGACCUACGCCGGAGGUCUCAGAGAUGAUGAGACAGGGGUGCACUGCCUGAUCAUGAUGCCCAGACAGGACUUGCCAUCGAACAUCCGAAUCAUUGCCAACGGCCGGGGCGCCUGCUUGGAAGAACACCCAUUGGACACCAUCAUCCUCCUCAAGCGCCACGCCGCUGAUGAUCAGCUUUGCCAGGAAGCUGUCCUUGGGUUUCCUCAUCGGUAUCUUGAUCGAAUGGGCCUUAUUCCACGAGAACCUCGGCCUUUGAAACCCGUGAAAGCAGAGAAGAGAAAAGACUAUUUGAGUCUUGCAACUGUGUUGCUGUCCAAGCAGCCUACAGAAGCCACAAGACGGGCGGUGGAAUUCCUUGUUCGGAUUUGUGAUGAUUUGAGACCACAGCCCGUCCCUUUUUUGGGUUGGCUGGAAAACCCACACCAGCCUCAAUUAGUUGAAGUUGGGCAACCAUCCAUGCUAAGCAGGCUGGCCCCGCUCAUGAAAUUCAAUGCCCACGUCAGGCCAUGA